AAGUUUAGUUGGGUUAUAUGUAAGUGACAUAUAAUUAAGUGGCUUUGAAACUAGUAUAUACAGUGAAGGGACAUUUGCAAAUGUCUGAAUGUCAUAGGAUUAGAAGAAGAAUAUUCAAACCAAGUGACAUUUGUAGAUUCAAUAUUAAUAUUAAAGCUUUUAUAGAAUUUAAUGCAAUGCCAUCCAUCCAUUUUUAUUGUGCUUUUAGUGUCUGAUAUACUUUAAUGCGUUUUUUAGUUGGGCAUAUUAAAAAACCCAGUCUCUAUAAUAGCUUCCCAGUAAUUUCUUGUGUUGUGAUUUAUGUGUAUAAAAGCAUUAAAAUGUUAAAUAGCAUCUUCCAUUUAAGCUUUAGUAGCAGCAUGGCAUUAGAGUUUGUGUGUUUGAUACGUCUCAGUUUAAGCUUAAAGGUUGGGAAACAUGCUAUUUCAUGCGUUCUGACUUCUUUACACUGUUAAACGUGCUGGCUUCUCAUUCUUAACAUGGUAAACUCCUUACGAAUUGGACACAUGAUGCAGUAUUUCUGAGCUGGAUACACUUGGUGUUGGUGUAGAUCUCAGAAAGUUUUUUUUGUACUUGAAUUCCUGUUUCUUAACAAGGGUUCUUAGUCCCGCCCGUUCUUAGUGCCUUUAGCAGCAAGUCGAUAAAUUGCGAUUAAAGUCACUUCCAUGUUGGCUUCACAAGAGAGUUGGCUUCAUACAUGCCAUGAUGUAUUAUGUGCUCGUGCUGUAGUUCCGCCCCUUUGCACACCACCCGGAGGUCGACUGUUUUCGAAUCUUCUUUUAGAAUCUUUUAGUGCUGGGCCGCUCCAUCUAUCAGUUUCAAACGAUCUGCAUAUCCAAAGUAAUCCAACUAGUAAUAGUGAUGAUAAAAUAUAUUGUAAUAUAGAUGUUACUACUCCGAUUGUAGUUUGAAAAACAGGCAAAUAUUAUUUAUAUUAAAACGCAUUCAGCCGUUUCUAAAAGAUCUGACACGAUUUGUCUGGUGGAAUAAAAACUUUUUAGGUCUUUUUUUAAGCAAAAGCGUGAAGUCAAAUAUAGUAUACAUUGAAUAUAUUAAAGGGAUAGUUCAUCAUUUAAUCUUUCUCAGAUUGUUUCUAAACCUAGAUAAAAAAAAAAUUGUUCUGCCAAACACAUAGGAAGACAUUUGGAAGAAUGUCAGUAACCAAACCCGGGGGGAGGAUGAGGUCUGUUUCGUUACUGACAUUCUUUCAAAUAUCUUUCUCUGUAUUCAUCAGAACAAAGAAAUGUAAAUAGAUUUGGAACAACCUGAGGGUGAGUUAAUGAUGCCAUAAUUUUCAUUUUUGGGUGAGUUGUGCCUUUAAAUGUAGUCAAAAGGCUGAAAUAAGUAUGAUCAUCAUGGCCAGUUGUUCCAGUUUCUUUGCAUAUGUUCAGAGUGGUGCAAACAUCGAAUUUUCCUACCACUAUAUUUAGCCCACCUGCAUCAGCCUAUCGCAGGCAAGCAGGAAGUGAUGGAUGCUUUAUAGACACACCCGGUCCAUCCCUUCCCCCAAUGAAUCUCAUCUCAAUAGGUGUGUGGAGGAGCCGGUCAUGAAUACUGUCGGACAGGGUUAGAAUAGGGUUAGUGAGUUUUGAUCUGAGAAGUGAAACUCUUGGGACAUGGAACUGAAUCACUAAAAAAAGAAGCAGGCACACGGGAACACCACUAAAUCAGACGCUGACCUCUUUAUAUCAGUUUUGGUGUCUUUCUCUCGCUCUCAUUUCACGCUCCCUUCUCUUCUGGUUUUAAUCUCAUCUAACCUUGAGGAUGAUCAACUAGCAGAGAGAGAGAACCAGAGGCUGAGGGAUACGCCGCUUUCCAGGAGGACAGUUCUGCCGAUGAGGCCGAGAGUCCAUCCAAGAUGAAGCGUUCCAAAGGUAUCCAUGUCUUCAAGAAGCCCAGUUUCUCCAAGAAGAAAGAGAAGGAUUUCAAGGUGAAGGAGAAAGGGCCGAAGGAGGAGAAGGCCAAGGACAAGAAGUCUAAAGACCUGACAGCGGCGGACGUAGUGAAACAGUGGAAAGAAAAGAAGAAGAAGAAGAAGCCCACCACGGAACCCGAACCCGUCGUCACGGAGACAGCUGCGACGUUCCGGCCGAUCUUUGGAGCACCUUUAGGAGAGGCGGUGAGGAGAACGGCGCUGUACGAUGGCAUACAGCUUCCAGCCAUCUUCAGAGAGUGUGUGGACUACAUCGAGAGCUACGGCAUGAAAUGUGAAGGCAUCUAUCGCGUCUCUGGUAUGAAGUCUAAAGUGGAUGAGCUGAAGGCAGCGUAUGAUCGCGAAGAGUGUCCGUGUCUGGAGGAGUAUGAUCCCCACACGGUGGCUAGUUUGCUGAAGCAAUACCUGCGAGAGCUUCCCGAUAGCCUGCUGGGUAAAGACAUGGCCCCGCGCUUCGAGGAAGCCUGCGGGCGACCCAGCGAGGCGGAGAAACUGCAGGAGUUUCAGCGACUUUUGGGAGAGGUGCCUGCGGGGAGCAGACUUCUGCUGGCCUGGCUCAUCACACACAUGGACCACGUCAUCGCCCGCGAGGCUGACACGAAGAUGAACAUCCAGAAUAUCUCCAUCGUGCUCAAUCCCACCGUACAGAUUGGGAACCGUGUGCUGUACGUCUUCUUCACUCACGUCCGUGAGCUGUUUGGCGAUGUGGUUCUGAAGCCUGUCGUCCAUCCUCUGCGCUGGUCUAACAUGGCUACCAUGCCCACCCUGCCCGAGACCCAAGAGAGUAUCAAAGAGGAGAUCCGCAGACAGGAGUUCUUGUUGAACCGUCUUCACAGAGAUCUGCAGGCCGGUGUGAAGGACUUGUCUAAGGAAGAGAGACUGUGGGAGGUGCAGCGUAUUGUCACGGCUCUGAAACGCAAACUCCGUGAGGCUAAGAGACAGGAGUGUGAGACCAAAAUCGCACAGGAGAUCGCCAGCCUGUCUAAAGAGGAUGUGUCAAAAGAGGAGAUGUCUGAGAAUGAGGAAGAGGUUAUUAAUCUUCUCCUGGCACAGGAGAAUGAGAUCCUAACAGAGCAGGAAGAGCUGAUCUCGCUGGAGCAGGUGCUGCGCCGACAGAUAGCCACAGAGAAAGAGGAGAUCGAACGGCUGAGUGCGGAGAUCGCAGACAUACAAAGCCGACAGCAGGGUCGCAGUGAGACAGAGGAAUAUUCAUCCGACAGUGAGAGCGAGAGUGAAGAUGAAGAAGAACUGCAGAUGAUUCUAGAAGACCUGCAGAAACAGAAUGAAGAACUGGAGAAUAAAAACACUCAUCUGAAUCAGGCCAUCCACGAGGAACAGGAGGCCAUAUUGGAACUGCGUGUUCAGCUCCGCCUACUUCAGAGCCACAAACUGCAACAGGAGCUCACCUCCCCGCCCACAGCUGAACAGGUUAGGCCUUCUCAGCCUAGUCCAGAAGAACGAUCAAGAGCGGAUGAGCCAAUCAAACGUGCCGCAGCGGUCACCAUAGAUUCGCCCGCUGCGCCCGCCCCUGCCCCAGCCAAUGGGAAGCCUGGAAAAGAUGCGAUGAAACCAUCGCCUAGCAAAGACAAGAGGGAGGCCAACCUGUAAUUCAUCUGACCUUCUCUGUACCCCUUCAUCAGUUCACCUGCAUUUGUGUUUGUGCUCAUCGUCUCCCUGUCACAACCCAGCGUAACGGCACGGUGUUGCCAGCAUUUCAUAAGGUGAAGGGAGAUUUUUCUGGAGAAAACACGAUGAGUAGGCAUUGUGAACUGUCAAAGUUCUUGAAACAGACUGGAAUUGAAUGCAUUAUUUUUACACACAUAAGUCUGUAUAUGAAGUUUAAGCUGAAAUGAAUGUCAGCACAAUCGGAUCCGUGCGUUCGGAUGAGUUACAUCUCGUCUCCUGACACAUGUCUGGUGGUAGUUCUCCUUGAUUUUUUUCUAGUUAGUAUUUAAAAUCUGUAUGAAUUUCACAAAAUCUGUCAAGAACACGUCCAGGUCACAUAUUAAUCUCAGAUCAGAAGAACAAAAAACAAGAAAAUGAAGACAAUAGAACGUCUUUUCUACCUUUUUCCUUCUAUUAUAAUGCAUAAUGCGUAAACAGUUUAAUUAUUGCUACAUAUUACUAUGAUUAAAAAUCCUAUUAUUUUAUUUGAAAAAUAUUUCAUAGUAUUUGAUAUGGGUAGAUGGAAUGAUCCUUGAUUUCUGUUUGCAAAAUAUGUUAUUGAGCCAAGCGCGUUCUUGACAGGGGUGUGAGACGUUUCAACAAGCUUCAACAAUGAGACGUCUUCUGUACCUUUCGUUUGAUUGGUCAGUUAAUCACACAAGUGACAUUCAUAGGCAAGCAUCACAAUCAUUUCAGACCGAUGACUUAGCACACAGAUGUGUCUAACUGGUUUUUGUUAACAAUGUUCCACUUUUUAUUCAUUACGUCCUGUUUAUUUAUACAGUUUCGCUCACAAUUAAAUCACAAAUGAGAAUGUACACUGAGAAGUAUCCUGCACGUCUUUUGCCAAGCAGCAGAAAAUUAGAGCGGGCUGCUAUUUCUCCUCAUGAGUUCCAGUUGUAAGUUCAGUUCCGGAUCAAACCGGACUCAGUCCUGCAAAAUGAAGUUUGUGUUCUGAAACUAUCGUGCCAUAGGUAGCUGUCUGCCGCCGCACAGAAGAAUUUAUCAGAAGAUGCUCUUGGACAUUGUAAUACAUCUAGAUUGUAUUUUUACCUAAAGAUAUUGCAACGAAUGGGUUCUGAGCAUUUAUAAUAAAUUUCACUAUUUAAUACUUAAAAUAUAUAUAUAAACAUGUCAACUUUCACUGCACUCAACUAUGCAGACGUGCACUAGAACAAGAAAUAGUGAUCGCCGUUAAUUGUUGAAUUGGUAACAUUUUUGUUUAUUGCCGUACAUUCACAUUAUGUCAUGUCUUAUGAACUUUAAUACAUAUAGGGAAGCACAAAAUCACAAUUUUAAUUAAAACAUAUUAUGGGAUGUUUUACA